AUGGUGUUUACAGAAGCCGAAGGCCACGGCAACGUCGCCAGCAGCUGCGAGCAGCGAAUUGAGGAGGAAGUAUCAGUGACGGAGCCACCGUUGGUCCCGGUUGUUGGAGGGACCACGGGUGUGCUGCCAACUGGGGAAAAGUCCAAAAGCGAAGAAGUCUGGAAGACGAUGGAAGAGUUGGCCAAGGCGAACAAGGCCACGGGUAGCGCGCGAGCGGCGUCCAUGACCUGGAUCGAAUCGCGGCGACGAUAUGGCGGUCAAACCAUGGGACCGAACUGGGAACAACUACCACGACCUCCAAUCGAAGGCGCCAAUGCUGAUGAAGACAACCCGCCGCCAGAGAAGUCCGAUGCCGAGAAGCGAGCGGACGAAAAGGCGGAAGCUCGAGCUAAGCUACGUGCGGAACGACGAAAUCGACCGGACAGUACUCCUGACAGCGAAGAAGAAGAAAAGGAAUACCAAGAAGAACAACGUAAGCAAGCUGAGCGGCGGCUGAUCAACAAAGCCAAUCAUCCCCUUAGGCAAAAUGUGUCGACCAUGCCAAAAUGGCGUGUGCGGCCCAUGAUAGACGGAUGCUGGACACCACCCUACCAAGCAGCUCAGGAUGGGGACCUCUUUCGAGCGGACCACCGACGCCAAGCAGCGGAGGAUGGGGGCCUAACUUCAACUCCAAAGCGGGAGACAUAUGAGGACAAGCUACGGGCGAAUGCGCAACGCAUGGGUGGCAAGUGGCGAUGGAGCGCUGUGGGGUGGAUCCCAUCCACUGACCGCAGCUUCCUGAAGGCUACAUGCACCUAUGUUUGGCGAGUGCCUGUGGAACAACGCAUUGAGGACGACUACCGCGACCACAUUAUGGAAAUCGUCUUGCAACCAGCGACCAAGUGGACACCCACCAAGUCAGACAUGCAAACAUACUGUCAGGCGCUGAGUGUCGACCCCCAUGGAGACGUGCCCAGUCGCCUGGUGUCAUACUCGACCAUGCUGCGAACGUUCGUGAAGGUGGUAGCAGCGCGUGUCACACCACCCUACCUACGCGACAGAGUGGAAGAGCAAAUGAAGACCGUGCCGGCGAACGACCUGGUGGCCUUUGCGGAUAUCCUACGCGAGCAACUUGACCGAACGCAUGAUGCGUACAUGGUCAAUCAGCAAUGGAACAGCUAUGGUUCAAAGCGUGGCCGUGAAGAAGACGACCAAGGGCGCCGCAUUAUGAAACAUGCGAAGAAGGCCAACCAAGCUGUUCGAGAUCAGCGGGAAUUACGAGGAAAUUACCCACGUCCACCAGGUGGAUAUAUCAAGCCGGAACGAAGUGCGGCGGUGUGGUCCCCGUCGACGCAAAAGCGAACGGGGGUCCCACCGGCCACAAAGUACGGACCGCAAGCGAACUCGCGCCCAAGACACGACGACCGCUAUGCCCAAGCUGUGCGUGAUGAAGCACGCCCUCGAUUUGCACCCGGCCGGGAUGACCGCGGCAUACUCUGCUUUGUCUGCCAGCAGCCAGGACAUAUGGCCCGGGAAUGUCCCAACAAAAAAGACGGGGAUAGCGGCGAUACAAGCUGGAAGAAGGGCAAGAACGCCGUCAAGCGGUUCAAAACGCGGGAACGCAAAGCGAAUAUGCAAGCAAAGCGAAUGAAGAAACCCCCACCGCCCAGCAAGGAGGAUGAUGGACGUUGGGUGCGGCUAAACAGUAUGCUGGAAGUUCCCUACUGCCCGGACACCGGCGCAGACCAAAACAUUGUGCCACAAGCCAUGGUGGAUGAACUUCAACCGUUACAGCCACAACUUCAAGUUGUCCAGUUGGCUGCGCCAUUUACGGCCUCUGGACCAGUCAAGGUGGCAGGCAAGCGCCACUGCUAUGUGGUCAACGAUGGAGACGAAUUCCUCGUCUCAGAUGACACCAUCAAGACCAUUGGUAUUGACAUCGACCGCCUACAAGUGGAUGAGGACGGCGAUAACCUGGAAGAAGUUGGUGGCGAUUGCGUAGAGUUGCCCCAACGAUCGGCCGUCAGAGCCGCGACCAUGAAGGCGGUGCUACCUGUUGCCACGAAUGAAGUCGAGGAAGCCCUGCAAGGCAUGAUCGACGGCGCCGUCGAUAACGGAUUUCCAAUGGAACAUGUAAAGUACUUGUGGGAUGUGCUCAGCAAGCAUGACAUCUGGCGAAUCAAGUUCAACGGGGCAGACCCACCGGCGAAGGUGAAGCCGUUGAAGGUGACCCCGAAGGAUGGGUGUGUUCCUUACCGAUGCAAAGGAAGGCAGCACAACCUCCUGGAGGAGAGGUUCCUCAAGUUGUUUGCGCAAGAACUACUCAAUGCAGGCGUGAUGAAGAGCAACCAGCGAAGUGCGUGGUGUAGCCCGGUGAACUCAGUUCUCAAGCCAGAUGGGCGUAAGUCAUUGAAAUCGGCCGACAAAUGGAGCGACGGUGAUGUGUUCAAGAACUAUCGGCUAACCAACGACUACCGCGUUGUCAACUCACUAACCGAGCUGAAGGCGGGGAUAAUGCCAUUCCAAGCUACAAUCCUCCAGAACCUGCGAGGCAAGAAAACGAUGGGCGUGUCUCACCCGCGUGAUGACGCCACGAUGUGUUUGUUCACGAAUGCGAGCGAUUAUGGAUGGUCGAUUGUGGUAACUCAAGUGGUGGGUUUCGAUGAUGACAGCCCAGUCCAAGAACAACGUCACGAACUGCUCUAUGUCAGUUGGGGAUGUUUGCGGGCGCCCAGUAGGCGUGACGUGGUUAAGAUGUACUAUGACCACAAGAACCUCAUCCAUGUCUUUGCCCCGGGCGAAGAAUGGAAGGCUCACACACGCGGCAAACUCAUGCGAUGGGCUGCCAUUAUUGGAGGCUAUCGUUAUGAAAUCAUGCACAUCGACGGCAUCCACAACCUUGAUGAGGCGUUGGGGUCAGCCGACACCAAGUCUGGCGACCAAGCGGGUCAAAAUACGUCAGGGCCAUGGCUGGUCAAAGUCAAAGGCGGCAAAGUCCCUCCACUGGCACAACCAAAACUGCGGCCGCUGGACAAGGACUUUGUGUGGCCAUGCAUGAUGGACAUCCGUCACGCACAAGACCAGCAUGACAAAGACAAGCCAAAGCGAACUACCGUGGUGGACGGACUGUGGCAAGUGGACGAGCGGCUAUGGAUUCCGAGUGCGGCGAAUGACCUGAUCCAGCGGAUCAUGGUCGUUGCCCACUACGGCAGCGCCGGGCAUCGUGGUCAUGCAGCACUGGUGGCUACUAUCCGCCGCCUGUUCUAUGUCGACCGCUUGGCCGACAGGGCCAGUGAAUUCCUCCGUGGCUGCUUGUUGUGCCCUCAUGUAAAAGGGGGAAGGGUGGUCCAUCGACCGUAUGCUUCGAGAUGGCACGCGAAAGAGCGCAACGAAGGAAUCCACUUCGACUACCUCUACAUGGGCGAAGCAUUCAGCGGAGCGAAUCGACUGGACGAAGCGGUUCGGAAUGCCACGAGUCUGGGUCAGCGACCAGGGAACCCAUUUCAAAACGUGGCCAUGAAGGCGUUAGCCCACAAGUUCAAGCGCAAUGGAACGGUUGAGCUGAUGAACCACGACAUCCUCCAAGUGACGCGGGUCAUGCUGCGAGAGUACCAGCUAGCCGAACAAGAAUUGGACUACCUAUUGCCGGUGGUCCAAACCAACCUGCCGCAUCAUUGGGGAGCAAGUCGCCGAUGGAGUUGUUUACGGCUUUAA